AUGGCGACCGGGUUCGCGCCCCACCACCCGUCGCGGGUCCUACCUCGGUCGCGCCAUCCCCUCCCAACCCCGGACCCGGGGUACAACCCCAUCCUCCCCAUCGGCGGCGAGAAGGAGCGCGUGCUCAUGCGAUUCUUAGCCGACCAGCCGUACGCGUCUCGCGGGGAGUGCCCGCCGUCGCCGCCGCGGUCGCUGCUCGCCGAGAUUGCCGCUGCCGGCGAAACGGGGGGCGGACGGGACUGGUGGGGCACGCCGGACGACGGGACCGGGCCGUUGAUCGCGGGCGAGACGUGGUGCGGCGAGUGCCUCGUCGUCGUCGGCGCGGGCGCGCAGCGAUGCGCGUACCAGUGGCAGCGCGCGGCGCCGGGGGGGGUCCCGGAGUCCAUCCCGGGCGCGCGGGGGCCCCGGUACGUGGUCACGGAGGACGACCUGGGGUGCAGACUGCGAUGCGUGGUGUCGCGCCCGAGGAUCCGCCGGACGACGGGGGCGCCGGACAAACCCGUCGGUGCUAACAACGCGGGCGGCGCCGGCGGCGCGAAGGAUGACGACGUCCAUCUCGACGACGACGAUACAGACGAGGUGAGAGUCGCGUGCUCCGAAUCCGUCGCCACGCACGCGCCGUACCACUACGCCAACGGCGGACCCACGGGCGCUGGCGACGUCGUGUCGCACGCGGACGACGGCCUUCGGCACGCGCGAUCGCCGGGCUUCGACGCCGUCCGACCCGGCUGCGUCGGUGACAAGGGACACGCGCGGUCCGACCACCGCGUUAAUGGACCCGGCGGCGUAACGCUCACAAACGCGUCAUCAUCGGGGGACGAUGGCGGAAACCACGCACUCGAUCACGGCAGGCGCGAGAUCGUGCUGCGGCCGCCGCGGGGCGGGGCGAACCACGCCGUGGACGCGACGUUCGCGCUCGGGACGCAACGCGAGGGCGAGGGACGCGAGCUCAAGCGGCUGGGAGACGUGCAAGCCGCUCACGCCAAGUUCGCCGGCGCCGAGCGAUGUUACCGAGUCGCGGCGGACGCGGGCCACGUACUCGCGAAGUGCCGCUUAGGUCGGAUGAUCGAGCAGGGGUGGGGACGGGAUAAACCGGAUCCGGCGGCAGCCGCGGCGCUGUACCGGGAGGCUGCGGACGAGGGGUGCGCGGAGGGGGAGAAUAACCUCGGGGCGCUCCUCUACCUCGGAAUCGCGGGGAGCGUCGACGCCGGACACGACGCCGGACACAAACACACGAGCGACCCGGAAGGCGACGCCGCGGAGGCUGCGGCGCUGUUCCACCGCGCGAGGUCGCGAGGCCACGCCGCGGCGUGCAGCAACCUCGCGCUGUGCUACGAGGAAGGCAGGGGGGUAGCCGGGGGACGGGAUCUCGAACGCGCCGGCGCGUUGUACCUGGAGGCGGCGCGUUUGGGGGUGGUGGACGCGUACGCGGGCGCCGGCAGCGCCGCGAUGAUGCGGGGCGACCUGCGGGACGCGAUGGCGGCGUUCAGGGCUGGGGCGGCGCAGGGCGGCGGGGACGCGACGGAACGGCUGAGGGCGCUGGCGAUGAGGCGGCGCGAGGGACGCGUCGCGAUGGCCGCGGAGCGGGGGGGCGUACAUGGGGGCAACGUACACGGAGGAGCCGGGGGUCUGACGAACGGAAUAAACGGCAUACACGGAGUCGUCGGGGGGAACGCGUACGCGAACGGCAAUCGGUUGGGCUCGGGCACCGACCUGGGCACGAUACGCAGCGAGCCGGACACGAGCCGCGCGCCGUCCAUGCAGGCCAGCGACGACCUCCCCGACGAGGACGGGGCGUUCACGUGGGUGAACGACGGGGCGUCGCGACGGGACGGCCCGGGUGGACGGCCCGGUUGGAACGCCGGUUGGGACGCCGGGUUGGACGAGCGUUAUAUUGAGCGUUACGAGGCGGAGAUCGCGAGGUACUACCGGCUGUCGCGGGUGCUGCACGACGCGAUGGUGGGAAGCGGGGACCCGGCGAUGGCGCGCGCGGCGGAGGAGGCGGUGCACGAGGCGUUCCCCGAGAUGCACGCGCAUCACUGA